AUGGACUUCGAUCACUACGGGCAAAGCUCCCAGCAACCCAAGCAACGGCGCAAGAGAGCUGGGAAGAGGAGGCAGUGCAACAAGGCCCCGGUUCCUGCGCGUUUAUCUCUAGAUCCCCAUCUUCGAGGAAAUGUCGGAGUCCUUUCCGAGGAUAUUGCGAACGGUCUGUUCUCACAGCAGUCACUACUAGAUGCCGCGACUGGUGAUGGUGUACUCUAUGUGGCAGUUUCCCCGCAUAUCCACAGCCACAUCCACACUCCGAUUGAAGAGCAACCUUGGACGAUUCUCCCCGUUCGCGUCCAACCUGCAGCUAGAUCGCAGGACAAGAACUCCCAUUCAACUAUCCUUUUUCCAGAAUCGGCAGACUCCCUCCAGUCAUUCCUCUUAUCACUCGGGAAACUUGACUCAGCGCGUCAAUCGCUGCAGACCCACCGCAGCGUCGAAAUUCGAAUUCUCGAUGUUGCACCAUUGCACCUAGACACAAUCUUUGUUACAGUGGAGCGAAACUUGUUACGGAAUCACGACGAUGUGCAGAACAAAUUUGGUGGUGGCUUCACCAAUUCCGGACCAAACGGACUUUGGCCAAAGGCCGGGAGGGGUCCCGAGAGCAAGCGAUAUUCGAAGAAAGAGGCCGCGGAUGUCCAGCAACGGUUGACUGCGGCUGUACGUGAGGCAUUGGCUAUCCAACGAAUCGUUCAUGUGGGGGAUGUAUUGCCCCUUCCAUUACCACCGCACCCUAUAACUUAUGCGCCCGCCCCACCGGCCCGGAUCUCCUUCUGUGAGCCGGUUUCGCAGGGGCUUUUGAUGCCUGCGACAAAGGUUGUUUUGGUACAAGGCCGUGGCCAUGGAAAUCGCACACAGCCAGCGAUGCCCCCCAGAUCUGCGCUUCUAAGACAGGUAGCUGAGGACGAGGCUGAUGACACUUCCAACGAACAAUUCUUUUCCGCCGCGGAAGAUAAGCCCGGCGAAAGUGGGACAGAGAUGGAGACAACAUCUGCUGCGGAUGAAUCCGAAACUGAAGGGUCUGCCGGGUCUGCUAGCGAUUCGUCCGAUGACUCGUUGGAGGAUAUGAUAUCGCUCUCGGCCCCAGAAUUACCACAGCCGCCAUCAGGUGUGAUGUCUUCUAUGACAUCUGCGACUCCGCGCGCAGGUGGACGACGAAUGGAUGGAAUUCACACACCGGGCUCGGUUGCUUCUAAUUUCACAUCUGCUACCAUGCGACCGGGGCGUAGUGGAGGAAAGACCUUCAAGGUCGAGGGACUUUUGCAACAAGUUCCAAACGAGGUGUUACACCCUCGCCCUCGCGAUGAUGAAGACGUUGACUCCUUUGUAUUUGUCGAUAUCAGCACACUGGCUAAGAUUGGCUGCUUCUCGGGGGAUUGGGUGCGAAUCGAAUCCGCCGAAGAACCACAGCUCAACAUGUUCGCAUCGCUUAAAUUCGGGAGCUUCAAUGAAUCCCCAGAGGAUUCUGGGGAGUGGCGACCUGUGAAAAUCUUUGGCCUCCCAGGACUUCCAUCACCGAAGCCUCGAUAUGCCAUCAAUCCUUCGGGAGGUCGCAGAUCGAGCUUCUCGCAGCGCCCGCAGACACGUUUGACCCCGUCAGUCUUCGUGCCACCGCUACUACUUGGUAAUAUUGAAAACCCCAAGUAUCUGCGCAUCUCGCCUAUGUCAUUCCCCGUUGUCAGUGCUCCUGGAAAGUCCGGUCUUCUCAAUCAUAUGAAAAACACCGCUUCAAAGAAUCCCCCAUUGGCAAAGGAAGUCACUCUGCUAAAGGUCUCAACCCCUCUCUCCAUGGAUCGUGUUCUCCAGCCAGCGCUGUUUGCUGGCCUCAAAAAUUACUUUGAAUCUCGUCGACGCAUCUUGAAGAGCGGCGAUCUGGUUGGUAUUAGUGUCGACGAAGGACUUGGGCGAGCCGUAUUUUCAGGAACUGCCGGUGGUGAUGCUGCUAGCCAAGAAGAUGAUAUCACCGCUCGAUUGGGCCAGGGUAGUGUCUCAGACAACUCUACACCUCGUAAAGUUGGUGUUGCUUGGUUUCGCGUUGGCCAGGUUGCCCCGAUCGCCGUCGAAGAGUUCGAGGAAACCGGCGAGGACCAGUGGGGCGGCGUCGCUGUUAUUGAUCCCUCUAGUACUCGUAUGGUGCAAGCUGGUAGCGAUGUUAGUCGGGUCCCCGGAAUUCUUGGCAAUGGUUGGGAAUACUGGCUUGGAGCUAAGAAGAUUCCUAAAGCUGUGAACGAUGCGCCAGCGCCUCAUGGCAUUAUUACAGAGCCCCCUCAGGCAUUCAUCGCUCCCCUACAGCAACGAAUUCGGGACUUGAUGGCCGCCGCCACAAGCCCGCGCGCAAUUCAGCUUGGCAUGAAACCCGUGAUCAUUUUAUUGAGAUCUCAACAAAGACACAUCGGCAAAGCGACCGUUGCAACACGAGCGUGUGCUGAUAUUGGUCUUCACACAUUUCCCAUCGAGGCCUAUGACAUCUUAACCGAAGGUGGUGCGAAUGGUGGUGAUGUCAAGACCGAGGCAUAUCUCAAAGCCCGGGCCGAACGAGCUUUCCACUGUGGAGCAAACUGCACCGCAUUGCUCAUCAAACAUAUUGAAGUUUUAACAGCCGAUCGGAUGGUUACUGCCAUGACGGAGAUCGCAAACGAGGCCCGCGUUAUCAUUGCCACCACUACCGAUGUUGAGCAGAUUCCGGAAGGAAUUCGCAGCAUGUUCACGCACGAAUUCGAGAUGGGUGCUCCAGAGGAGAAGGAGCGUGAAGGCAUUCUCCGGAAUGCAGUGGCAGAGCGUGGUAUCAAACUAGCAGCUGAUGUCGAGCUUGGAACCGUUGCAUUGAAGACUGCAGCACUUGUUGCAGGAGACCUGGUUGAUGUCGUGGAACGAGCCGCCGCGGCUCGAACUGCUCGUCUGGAGUCUCUUGCGGAGGCAGCAAGCAAGCAAUUAUCUGGGGCUUUGGUAUAUGUUCGGGAUGUUUUACUCGCUGGAGGCGAUGGGGCGCGCGGCGUCACCAAGGCCGACUUCGAUUCCGCUGUUGAAGCUGCGCGAAAGAACUUCGCUGACUCCAUCGGCGCUCCGAAGAUCCCCAACGUCAGCUGGGAUGACGUCGGUGGAUUAACCAAUGUUAAGGAUGCAUUGGUUGAAACUAUUCAGCUGCCGCUUGAGAGACCUGAGCUGUUCGCAAAGGGCAUGAAGAAGCGCAGUGGUAUCCUCUUCUACGGUCCUCCGGGUACUGGCAAGACAUUGCUGGCCAAGGCCAUUGCCACCGAAUUCUCCCUUAACUUCUUCUCUGUCAAGGGUCCAGAAUUGCUCAACAUGUACAUCGGUGAAUCCGAAGCAAAUGUUCGUCGUGUCUUCCAGAGAGCUCGAGACGCCCGCCCCUGUGUUGUGUUUUUCGAUGAGCUGGAUUCAGUAGCUCCUAAGCGUGGUAACCAGGGUGAUAGCGGUGGUGUCAUGGAUCGUAUUGUGAGUCAAUUGCUUGCAGAGCUGGAUGGAAUGAACGGCGGAGAGGAGAACAGUGGUGGUGUGUUCGUUAUUGGAGCCACUAAUCGCCCUGAUCUGCUCGAUACUGCUCUUCUCCGACCUGGUAGGUUUGAUAAAAUGCUCUACCUGGGUGUUUCAGAUACGCAUCGCAAGCAAGCCACAAUUCUCGAGGCACUUACAAGAAAGUUUGCUCUCAAUCCCGAGGUAUCCCUGGACAGAGUUGCAGACCGACUUCCUCUCACUUAUACCGGUGCCGACUUGUACGCCCUCUGCUCCGAUGCUAUGCUCAAGGCUAUUACCCGGAAGUCUACUGCUGUUGACGACAAGAUCAAACAACUGCCUGGCGAGCCUGUUACCACGGCAUACUUCUUCGACCAUCUUGCAACUGCGGAAGAUGUAAACGUGAAUGUUACCGAAGAGGACUUCGUAUCGGCGCAGCAAGAGCUUGUUCCUAGUGUCAGUGCAAAGGAGCUUGAACACUUCGAACGAAUCCGUCAAACCUUCGAAUCAGUCGACAAGCAGAAGAAAGAUCCAUCAGCCGCUCCACAGACUAUUGCGGAUGCCAUGGAGGCAUUUAACCUGGGAGGAGGCGAGGAUGCGGAAAUUUCAAUUAGCAAUGGAGACGCUUCUUUCGGAGGCAGUAUCCAUGAUCGCAUUAAAGGGUUAAAGCAAUGGCCUGGAAGCUCUGUGCGAAGUGUCAGUGGCCAAUCCACGACAAGCAGUAAAGGCAAAGGCAAAGGAAAAGCCGUAGCCAGCAAGAAGGGCAAGGGUCCUGCAAGUGGAGCAGAUUCUGAUGCCUCGCUCGAAGAUGGAGAAAUGAAUGGGGUGACUAAUGAUGACGACGAGGACUAUAUUGUGCGAACUGAUCAUCUUACAAACCCUAUGGAAGAGGUUGAGUAA